GGGUCAUCCCUGAACCGGCCGGGCCGGGGAUAGGAGCGGCGCCCGGGCCGAGGGCUGAUCGCGGUCCGCUCCUCCAUCCGUCGGUCCUUCAUCCUGCCAGGACUCGCGUUCGGCACUUGGCAGCCGCGGGACGGGAGCGUGGGGGGAGAAGGAGCACUCGCUUGAGGCUGGAGGAGGCUGCCCUGCGUCCCCGCCCAGCUCGCGCCUAUGCGGUACUUGAAGGAUGGCGAAGAGGUCGCGCAGUGAGGAUGAGGAUGAAGAUCUUCAGUAUGCUGAUCACGAUUAUGAAGUACCACAACAAAAAGGAUUGAAAAAACUCUGGAACAGAGUGAAAUGGACAAGAGAUGAGGAUGAUAAGUUAAAAAAGUUGGUUGAACAACAUGGAACUGAUGAUUGGACUCUAAUUGCUAGUCAUCUUCAAAAUCGUUCUGACUUUCAGUGCCAACAUCGGUGGCAGAAAGUUCUAAAUCCAGAAUUGAUAAAGGGUCCUUGGACUAAAGAAGAAGAUCAGAGGGUUAUUGAAUUAGUUCAGAAAUAUGGACCAAAAAGAUGGUCUUUAAUUGCAAAACAUUUAAAAGGAAGAAUAGGCAAGCAGUGUAGAGAAAGAUGGCAUAAUCAUCUGAAUCCUGAAGUAAAGAAAUCUUCCUGGACAGAAGAAGAAGACAGGAUCAUCUAUGAAGCACAUAAGCGGUUGGGAAAUCGUUGGGCAGAAAUUGCCAAACUACUUCCUGGAAGGACUGAUAAUUCUAUCAAAAAUCAUUGGAAUUCUACUAUGCGAAGAAAAGUGGAACAGGAGGGCUACUUACAAGAUGGAAUAAAAUCAGAACAAUCUUCAUCAAAACUUCAACACAAACCUUGUGCGACUAUGGACCAUUUGCAAACCCAGAAUCAGUUUUACAUACCUGUUCAGAUCCCUGGUUAUCAGUAUGUAUCAUCUGAAGGCAGUUGUGUAGAGCAUAUUCAGACUUCUGCUUUUAUUCAGCAACCCUUUGUUGAUGAAGAUCCUGAUAAGGAAAAGAAAAUAAAGGAACUUGAGUUGCUUCUUAUGUCAGCUGAGAAUGAAGUUAGAAGAAAGCGACUUCCAUCUCAACUUGGAAACUUUGCUGCCUGGUCUGGUAGUUUUCUCAUGGAUGAUAGCAUGUCUAAUACUCUAAAUAGCCUUGAGGAUCAAGCUACCGAGUUUUAUGGUAUGGAUGAAAAUCAAACUGUGUCUGUGCAGCAGAAUUCACCCACAAAGUUCCUGGCUGUGGAGGCAAAUGCUGUGUUGUCUUCUCUACAGACCAUCCCAGAAUUUGCAGAGACCCUAGAACUUAUUGAAUCUGACCCUGUAGCAUGGAGUGAUGUUGCCAGUUUUGAUCUUUCUGAUGCUGCUGUUUCUCCUGUCAAGUCCACCCCAGUUAAACUAAUGCGAAUUCAACACAAUGAAGGAGCCAUGGAAUGUCAAUUUAGUCUUGUACUGGAAGGGAAGAAAAAUAAUUGCAAUGAUGGAAACAGUGAAGCUGUUCCUGUAACAUCCCCAAAUGUAGCCAAGUUUAGCACUCCACCCACCAUCCUCAGAAAGAAGAGAAAAAUGCGAGUGAAUCAGUCCCCUGGUAGUGAACUUGGUGAAGGCUCAUUCAGUGACGGCGUUAACGCAGCAUUAAAACACACACCAGUGAAAACUCUACCAUUUUCUCCUUCACAGUUUUUCAAUACAUGUCCUGGAAAUCAGCAACUUAAUAUCGAAAAUCCUUCAUUUACAUCAACCCCUAUUUGUGGACAGAAAGUUCUUAUUACAACUCCUCUUCAGAAAGAAACAACCCCUAAAGAUCAAAAAGAGAACGUAGGGUUCAGAACACCUACUAUUAGAAGAUCUGUGUUGGGUACCACACCAAGAACUCCUACUCCUUUUAAGAAUGCACUUGCUGCUCAGGAGAGAAAAUAUGGACCUCUUAAAAUUGUGUCCCAGCCACUUGCCUUCUUGGAGGAAGAUAUUCGAGAAGUUUUAAAAGAAGAAACUGGAACAGACAUAUUCCUCAAAGAGGAAGAUGAACCUGCUUAUAAAAGCUAUAAACACGAGCAUACUCCUUCUGUGAAGAAAGUCAGAAAGUCACUAAUCUUAGAUAAUUGGGAAAGAGAAGAACCAGGCACCCAACUACUGACUGAAGAUAUUUCAGACAUGCAGUCAGAAAAUAUAUUUACAACAUCCUUAUUAGUGAUACCACUAUUGGAAAUACACGACAGUAGGUGCAACUUGACUCCUGAGAAACAAGAUAUAAAUUCAGCCAACAAAACAUAUACACUCACUAAAAAGAAACCAAACCCUAACACUUCUAAAGUUGUUAAAUUGGAAAAGAAUAUUCAGUCAAAUUAUGAAUGGGAAACCGUAGUUUAUGGAAAGACAGAAGACCAGCUCAUCAUGACUGAACAAGCAAGAAGAUAUCUGAGUACUUACACAGCUACCAACAGCACUUCAAGAGCUCUUAUACUGUAAUUGUUACUAAAAUGGGUGAAAUGUCCCAUUAUCUUACUGUAUUCUAUACAAAAUUAGGUUACAAUGAAAUUUUUCUCAUUUGUAAAUUUUUAAUGUAGUCUUAAGACAAUUUACAUCUAUUUUCUAUAUAGGGCAGGCAAGAAAGCUAAUAAGCCACUUAUGUAAGAGAUAGGCAAUUUCAUUGCUUAUUUUUUAAAGAGAUGAGAGUUUUAAAAAUUGUUUUUACAGGUAGGAAAAAAGAAAAGAAUGUUCAUGAAUACUCCAAAAUUAAAUUCUCACACAUUUUCUUCACAAGGUAUAUGUUGCUACCUGCUUGAGGCUGCAGUUUUGUUAUAAAGUAUAUGAGAAUGAGUGAUCUCUGAAAUUAGUCUAUGCAUGGAAAGCACACAUGGUUUUAUGAACUUUUAUCCAUGUGCUAGUUAGGCUACUAUUCACAAAGAAACACAGUGGGAAGGAGUCUAAAGGAAAAUAGAAAGUUGCACUACUCUACUUAUUCUUGGUAUUUUUCACAAACAGUAAAAUUAACUACAGUGUUAAGUGUAUUUAUUUGAGCAUAGUACUUAAAAAAGCAUUGAAAAGGGUUUUUUUGCCCUUAUUAGUAAAGAGUCAGUAUUUUCUUCAUAAAUCUCAGAAAAGCUGAGUUUUGUUGAAUGUAUUGUACAGUAUGUAGGAGCAGGAGAAAUUUGUAAAUUGGAAGGAAAUCUGUUUUUAUAAUUUAUUUUCAUUUUUAAAGCUUAAAUGUAGAUAUUUAUUUGUAUACAGGAUGUCUAGAAGUCAUUGUUGUUUCCUGUCAUUAUAGAUAACAUAGUAAAGAACAGUUUUGACCUUUAAAUAUGAAACAGUAAGUUUUAGCUGCGAAGAAUACAAUAUCUAUACUGUAUGUCACAUCUACCUAAAUAUUGCACU